AUGCUCCUUCGUGGUUUCAGCGCCGAUGCUCUGACUUAUGGAUAUUUAAUGCAUGGGUUAUGCAGAAUGGGGCAAGUUGAUGUAGCAAGGACCUUGCUGAACAAAAUUCUCAGUCUCAAUACUGUGCUCUAUAAUACAUUAAUCAAUGGAUAUGUUGCUAGUGGAAGGUUUGAAGAAGCGAAGGAUCUUACGUACAACGAGCAUGGUAGCUGCAGAAAGGUUAUUUGGUUUCACGCCCUUGAAUUUUUAUCCGAGGUGGUAGCAAAAGGCUUCGAGCCCAAUGUGAUCACGUACACCAUAUUGAUAAAUGGUUUCUACAAGCAAGACAGAUUAGAGGAAGUGGCUGAAAUUAUGAAUAGCAUGUCGAGUCAAGGGUCCGAGUCUCACUACGAGUGGGGUACAAUUGCUUGA